AUCUAACGGAUCGGACGUGUGUGCCGGAUUGUGAACGUUGCGCGCGUUUUAACUGUAUGUGACUAUUUUGUUAUUGUUAUUUUUUGCGUGCAGAUAAUUGCAAUUCAAUGUGCGCGUGUGUGACUAAAUAAAUUGUUUAUAUAGCGCCAAUAUGUCAAUGCAAAUGACAUAAACAACAAAAGAAGGCAAACAAGAAAUUUAAUUAAAUACAAGCAGCUGAGCGAGCGAACUUUGCUGCUGAGCGACGUAGCGCCAAAGCCUAACUCGACGCUUGGUGGACGCAAGAUCGAAGCACGCGCGGCAUUAUGACUUUCUACUGGUGGUCACAUUGGUUCUGGAUAACCUGCCUGACAGUGCAAUUGCUGCCACAUGCCAUAACACAGGUGCACACAUAUCCCAGUCAGGAGUUUAGUCAGCAGCAGCAGCAGCAGCAGCAGCAGCAGCAGCGUCUGGCUACGACAAAACUGUAUCAGACUACAGCCAGCCAAAGCUGGACUACAUCGACGGCUACAGCGCGCAAUAUAAUGGAUCUAACAGUUAAAACAACGCCCAGACCAGCAACAACAACGACAACAACAACAACAGCAGCAGCAGCAAUGGAUACAACAUCAGUUGCAGCAACAACUGAGCAGCAAGUGGAGCAGGUCGACAUCAACGAAGAUGCGCUGGAUAUGCUAAGCAGCAAUGAGCAGCCGCUGGAGGCAACCACCAUGCACAAUCAGCUCGAGUUUAAGCGCAGCGCCAACUUUGCUGUGCAGCCAGCGAGCCAGCUUAACAACUAUACCAACUAUAGUCGUAGCUUAAGUACAAAUAGCAGCAGCAGCACCACAAGCAGCAGCACCACCACCACUAGCUCCACCACUAGCAGCAGCAGCAGCAGCACCACCACCGCCAGCCCGCCUAGCAAUAGCACUUACCAAGCUGCUGCUACACCAGCCACGCCCAAAAUCAACACCGAAUGGCUGUCGGCUGAGCUGCAGAAGGCGCCGUUUACGCUGGAGAAUGCCAACAAGGAGGACGAGCUGCGUCGCGCUGAGAACGAACAUCGCUCACGCAAAUCCAAGGAACUCUCCGCCGAGUACAAGCACAUCAAUCGCUAUAUCAACUACUCCAGCGAUACCAAGAGUCUGCUCGCACGCUCAGCCUCAUCCGCGCCCAGCGUUGCCGGCUACAAUACGGAUGACAGCAACAUAUCGUCCGAGGCGCUGGCUAUACAGCGCACUUAUUUCUUGGAUGCUGGCGCCAUUUCGGCCAUUUGCUUCACCGUCUUUGGCAUCUGCUGUACUGUGGGCACCAUUGGCAUAGUGCUAUAUAGACGGCGCUAUGUGAACAAACCACAAGCGCUUAGCGAGCCCGACUCCAGCGUUUACAUCGAUGACAGCACCAUGCGCGUUAGUGAUAAUUCCGAUGAGAUGUAUAGCCUGGACAAUGACUCGUUUCUCAACUCGCUGGAGGCAAUGACAAUACAGAACUAUUGGACGGACACGGUCAAACAUACAAAGCUUUAAUUUACUGGCGUCUUGUCGCGCUGUGCAAUCUAUUCUCCCACAACAACAACAACUAUUAUUAUUAUUAUUAUUAUCAUUUUUUUUUUGUACCCAAACUCCUUUGUGCGCAGUCAACAGAGACGUUAGGCAUAACCCACAAACAACAAACACAUCAUAUUAUAUUAUUAAGUAGGCGGGCAGCAAGCAACGCUAAACUAGCAUUUAAGUCGGCUCCUUGAUAGGGCCAAACUGUGUGGCAAGUUCGUUUGGAGCCUAAAAUUAGUCUAAGCCAAUUAACAACAACAAAACAACCACAACAACCAAAAUUAUCUUUAGUACUCGUUUAACUUUUAAGUGUCGCAAUGUUAUUUCCUAGUUUUUAACUGUUAAUACUUAUCAUCAAAAACUUUUUAAUUGUUUCCCAAUGUCUGUCUGUACUCACAAAUCAAAUUUAUUUUAUCUACUUUUAUAU